AUGUCCAAUACUAGCAGCCCGAAAAGCCGGUCCCCGCGAUCGCCCCAGGAUCCGUCGGCAGCAGUCAAUGAAACAAUUGCAGUUGACGAGGCUCAAGAUGAGGAGGAGGACUUAACCUUAGGGUCUGACGCUGAGAGCUCGACGGCUUCUGUUUCAUCGAGCAUUCUUAAUUAUCGUACGAUCAAUGGCAGGACGUUUCAUAGUGAGAGGGGAAACGCAACCUACUGGGGAUCGAAUGAUGAGCGCCAAAGUGAUGCCAUGGAUAUCGCCGACUUUGCGGACAAAUUCCCUGGGUGCGAGGUCAUCGGCACCGAUAUCUCACCCAUCCAACCCGGCUGGGUCCCACCUAACUUGAAGUUCGAGAUUGAAGAUUGCACUCAACAGUGGACCUUCCCAACUGACUCAUUCGAUUAUGUCCACCUUCGUUAUCUAGUCGGCUGCAUUCCAGACUGGACAGAGCUGUUCAGUCAAGCAUACAAGACUCUCAAGCCCGGUGGCUGGGUUGAAAGCUUUGAAAUUUCCCCAACUGGAGAAAGUGACGAUGGUACUGUCACAUAUGACUCUGCAAUGGCUCAAUGGGGAAGGAUUUUUAUCCAGGCUUCGGAGAAGAUCGGCAAUAGCUUUACUGUUGUCGACGAUAAAGUCCAGAGGCCUGCUUUGCAAGAAGCGGGAUUCGUCGAUAUCCACGAGUGGGAGUUCAAGGUAGCGUACAAGACCAUUCUGCUACGGUACUAA